AUGGCGAUGGUCCCGCUUGGAGAGGGUGGAUAUGGAGAAGUAUGGCAUCUACCGGAUAAAGAACCACAAAUGGUGAUGAAGAAGGUUCGACAGACAAAUGACACCGACAGUUAUUUACGGUAUUUGAAGGAGCUUAAAACAUUGAAGGAUCUGAUACAUGAAAAUGUGGUCCGAUAUUAUGAUGCUCCCUCGACCUUGAAUUAUCCUGGCAUCAACCCAGACGAUUUGUUGUUAUUUAUGGAAUACUGUGAACACCUUUCGUUGCGACAUGUUAUCAAGGACAUCAACUUGGUCUAUUCAAUGGCAACAAUAGCUCAAUGGUCAACAGAAAUGUUCAGUGCCCUCGAAUAUCUUAAAAGUAUGAACAUUGUUCAUCAGGAUGUCAAACCGGCUAAUUUAUUUGUCCACGGUCCUGAUUAUGUGCUGAAAUUAGGAGAUUUUGGCAUUGUCCGCGAUAGGAAUACGAUUGAAAAGUAUCGACGUGGAACUCCUGGUUAUAUGCCGCCGAAAAUUGAAUACGACGAAACGCAGGGUGGAGAGGACGCCUAUAAAUAUGAUAUUUAUGGAGCUGGAUGGGUUGUAUUGGAUAUAGUUAAUAGAAGACCCGGGAACCGAGACAUUGAGGAAAUGUUCAAGGAUCAUCGACAUUUAGCUACGCUGAAAAGGCUUGUAAUUGGAUGUACAAAUGAAGAAGUUGCGAAUCGAUUGAGUGUUGAGGAUGCUUUGGCCCAUUGCAAAACAAUGACCAAGGUAAGUCGGCAUAUAUGCGAAUGUUUUUUGCUGCCUUGGUUCAUUGCUGCACGGCAAGACGGAACUGGGACAUUUUGGGAAAAUGUAACCAACCGAAAAUUGGACAAUGCUUUUGAGGAAAAUAUAUCGAGUCCGGUUGAAGCAAUUCUAAAUGAAGGCGAAUCAGGCGAGACCGGUGAUCGGACGGACCGUGCCGAG